GGAGAAGAGUGGAGGAGAGAAUGCGCCAAAGGAGAGGAGGAAUAAAGUCUGAAUUGAAGCUUUAAUUCUGCGCGCUUUGGGUCUGGACGAUUAGUACGAACGGAACGCAACGUCGAAUAACUCGGGAGACUCCGAGAAACGAUCGUGACGAGAGUGAUAGAAAAAUUGACGGAAAAAAGCAUAUUACAAUAUUAAGUAAAAUUACAUGAAAAUUGCAGACCUUAUAGAAUGUUAUGACAAAAUUUAUUUUUAGAAUUUACAAAUAAUACUGUUGCCGAUAAACUUAUAUUAGUGGUAACAAUGUUAUUGUGUUUUAUCAAAUAAGCAAUCAUCUUAUUAAAUAUAUAACUACGUAAGAUCACACAUUGUGUCAAUUUUAUAAAUAAAUAAAUAUACAUAUAUAUAUUGUUUGUGGCGUCGGGGACCAAAAGAAGUAGAUCAGGAAAAACAACUGUAAAAAACAUAAUACAGAUUUAGUUUAUCAUGUAAACUUUUUAUGGCAAUAAAAAACCAUAUGUCAAUGUGCACGUAAAUAUUCAGCCUGCACUACCUGGCGUAUGCCCUUAAUAACACGUAAAUAUUAUGAACGUUAUUGUAUUGUACGAUAAAUCUUUAACUGGCCAUAAAAUACACGAUGUGAAACAAUAAGCCCUGACGUCGUAUUGUUAUCGAUGUAAAUGGCGCAGGGUUAAACGACCAUGAGAGAGCCUGGAUAGACGGCAGUGUCAUUUCGAUUAACCGCGCAUAUGAGCGAAUACACAUAACUGGUAUCACAUAAACGGAAAUGACGUCGUAGCCUGCAUAUGCAUGUAUUCAAAAAUUAUAAAGGUGAUACAACACUACGAAGUCCUCGAUCUUAUUCAGCAUUUAUGCUUCAAUUUUAAUCGAUCAAUAGAUUUUAGAGAGCCACGAUCAUUAGUAAGACUUAAAAAUGGCUUCAAGAUCAGAGGAUCUUUAUCCAGAAAUUAUGGAAUCCGGAGAAAGAGAGAGGAACAUAGGGCUGACAUUAGGUCUAUUCUUCGUGACGAUGUUUAUUUCAAUGUGGAUUUCAAACACUGCCGCUACAGCCAUGAUGAUACCAAUUAUGGAAACUGUACUUGUAGAACUCGAAACAGACUCGGAAACAUGUUCGUACACAAAGAGGAAGCAGCUGAAGAAAACAGCGAAGAAACAAACAAGAGACCAACGCAUAGUACAAUGGUGUAUUAUCUUGUCGCAGCCUAUGCUUCCAGUCUUGGUGGUAUCGGAACUAUAGUCGGAAGUGGCACCAAUUUAACAUUGAAGGGUUUUUUAGAGAAGCGGUUUCCUAAUAGUCAUGGUAUAAAUUUUGCUUCCUGGAUGUUGUAUUCAGUGCCGCCCAUGCUAUUGAUGGGUUUGCUCACGUGGUUGUGGUUGCAAGUGAUGUACAUGGGUCUCUUCAGACCAGAGAGCAAAGAUGCCCGUGCCAUAGAUAUUGGGCAACAGGGUGAACGUAUCGCAGCGGCGGUUAUCGAGAAGAGAUACAAGGAACUUGGACCUGUCUCAUGGCAUGAGUCUUCAGUGGGUGUCUUAUUUAUUUUCGUAGUGCUCUUGUGGUUUUUCAGAAGUCCUGGUUUUAUGCCUGGUUGGGCCGCUUAUAUCUCGAAUGUGUCUAUUAAGGAUUCAACGGCAGCCGCGUGUGUAACAAUACUGUUCUUCAUGAUUCCAUCAAAGUUGGAUUUUCUAUACGCGUUUAGUAAAGAUCCACGCAAACGGCCCACAAAACCUUCAUUGGGUUUAAUAACAUGGAAAAUGAUAAACGAUAAAUUGCAUUGGAGUCUAAUUUUUGUGUUAGGUGGUGGGUUUGCCAUUUCAGAAGGUAGCACUACAUCGGGCUUAUCAGAAAUGCUCGGCCAAUAUCUAAUAGGUCUAAAAAAAAUUAACAUAGUGGCAAUAUUGUUGAUUGUCUGCUUUUUUGCCGAGAACGUAACGGAAUUAACAGCCAAUGUGGCCGUCGCAAACAUUAUACUGCCAGUAUUAGCGGAAAUGUGUGUGGCUAUUAAAAUACAUCCCUUGUAUUUAAUGCUGCCAGCAGCUCUUUGCUGUUCCUUUUCGUUCCAUUUACCAGUCGGUACUCCACCAAACGCAAUCGCUAGUGCCGCAGGGCAUAUAAAAACAAAAGAUUUUAUGAUUGCUGGUAUCGGACCUAGUAUCAUCACACUUGUUGUCACUGCAGUUGCGUUCUCUACUUGGGGCACAUAUGUAUUUAAUCUAUCAGAAUUUCCCGAAUGGGCUACAUAGCAAUAUUUACGCAUCUUACAUAUAUUCCCUCUUUUUUUCUAUGCGAUAUUUAUGUUUCAUUUCACCAAAAAAACAAAAAAUAUUUUUUAUAAUGACAAAGGUACUACUCGCACCACAUAUUUUUAAUUUUUUUCCUGCAUUAAAAUUUAUUUUCUACAUAUAUAUUUUUAAAAAUUUUAAAGAUAUACAAUGCUUUAAAAAAUAAGCAUAGUUUCAUGAAGAAUAGACUACAGAUCGUACAAUAUCCUGUGUAUUAAUAACGUUAUCAUAAGAAAUUGUUAUAUUAAAGAUAAUAAUGAUUGUAUAAUAUGUAUCUUCCUAGAACAAUUUUGAAGUAAUGUUAUUUUUCAUUAAAUAUUUUAUAUGAGAAUUAUAAUAGUAAAUAUUUUUGAAAACAAAUAAAUUUCAACAUUUCAUGUAAAGAAUUA